AUGGAUAUUCUGGUUACUGAUAAUGACAGUGAAGUGACAGAGUUCAUCCUGGUGGGUUUGUCCAAUCACCCAAAAUCCCAGCUUGCCUUUUACUGCACCCUGGUAGUGGUCUACCUGAUCACAUUGUUAGGAAACAGUCUCAUUAUUGCUGUGGUUACAAUUUAUGGGAGACUUCACACCCCUAUGUAUUUCUUCCUAAGCAAUCUAUCCUUCCUCGAUAUCUGCUACUCCAGUAAUUCAGUGCCUUUUGUGUUGGUCAAUGGCCUGAGAGACUACCCCACUAUCUCCUAUACCAGCUGUUAUGCCCAAAUGAGCAUCACUCUUUUUCUGGGAAUGACCUAGUGUCUCCUCCUUGCUGUCAUGGCUUAUGAUAGGUUUGUUGCAAUCUCCAGUCCCCUGCGCUACACCAUCAUUAUGAACAACCGGGUCUGUAUACAGUUGGCCUUGGGAACCUGGGCCAGUGCCUUCUUAGUUGCAGUCACGCCCAUUAUUGCAAUUCCUGCUCACUAUUGUGGGCACAAUGUUAUCAACCAUUUCACAUGUGAGAUCCAGGCCCUAUUAAAACUUGUCUGCUCGGAUACCCCACUUGAUAUGAUUCUGGGUCUUGUUAUCAGCGUAUUCACAUUGCCCCUGCCCUUCACCUUGAUCCUCAUCUCCUACACUCGCAUUGCGGUUGCUGUGUUGAGGAUCCGUUCUGCAGAGGCCAGGCUCAAAGCCUUCUCUACCUGUGGAUCCCAUCUGACUGUGGUCACCAUAUUUUAUGGGACAGCCAUCUAUAUGUACUUGAAACCUCAGUCAAAGGAGUCUCAAGACCAGGGUAAAAUCAUCUCUGUAUUUUAUGGUAUUGUGACGCCUAUGUUGAAUCCCCUUAUAUACACUUUGAGAAACAAAGAUGUCAAAAAUGCCCUAAGAAAAUUAAUUAGAAAGAAAGAGCACUAA